AUGAGCAAGGAGCCGGAAACGGAUCUCCAAGCUCCAGAAUGGUCGAAAGACAAUAAUAUAGCACUAUGGGGCGUGGACAUACUUCCUGGGACUCCUUCAAAAGUCCACACUGUGGCUGCAGAUUUGAUUACCGGCGAGCCUCUGGAGCAAAACUUCUCCCCCGAUUCAGGCGGGUCGUCUCCAUCGGGUCCUAACGGUGAAGAUGGCAGUACUGGCUCGAUCCGGGAGGUGGAAGGAGGACGGUCGCCGGCAGAGACAACUUCAGAACUAGAGGGGCCAUCACCCUCUGCCGGAUCCGAGUCAAGCCCUGCAGCUUCUUCAAGAUAUUACGUUGUCGAUGAGCAGUAUGAUGAGGUCUUGAGAACCGCCAGGGGCCUCUUACAAAUGUCGCAGAAUCAGACCUCGAAUGGUGUCGAAUCUUACAGAGAUCAUCUUCAUCUUCAAUAUGCAGGCAAGGACGGAGACUUGCUUCUGGACCAUCUCGUCCAAGAAGUUGCACGCAAACUCGGCUGUGAUGUGAUGGUGGUAGAUGCUCAAGACAUUGCAGACCUGAUUAGCCGGAACCAUAUGAACCAGUCUACCGCGAAGGCCGGUCGCAUGCUCAGCUACGACGUUCUGACAACUGCCUUCCCCGACCCUUCAGAGCCGGCUAAGCAGGAACAGCUCGACGAAGACGAUGAAGAGAACGAGCUCGAGGAUAUGAUGGACGACAUGGAUUCACCCCAGACCUCUCCCCGGAUGGGAAUGUCUAUCUUGACUGCACGGCCUGGCGAUAUCAUCAAGUCUCUAGUCGGGCGCUUUCCAGAGAUGGGAGAAAGUACACGAGCCGAAGGUCAAGGGAGCAUGUUUCGCAUGGUGCCAGACUUUCUGGACCCUCAGAAACCUCGUGACGAGGCUGGGGCCCUUUCUGGAGUCAUCUACAAGAUGUUGAAGACCAUAUCCGAUCGACCAACCUCACAAUCACCAGUAUCUAGUGACGAGCAGGCCCCUGACCUGAAAAAGCUGCGCGAGAAGACCGAGGAACAGAGCGGGGUGCCCCAAGGCGCGGUGAUUGUCCACAUCAGGGAUUACAAGGCUAUUCAAGAUACCGUGGGCAUCGGUCGGUCUUUUCUCGCGAAUAUGCAGAAACAGCUCGCCCAACGACGAGCAAAGGGCGAAAGACUCCUGCUCAUUGGCACCGAUUCUGCUCGUGACGACCAAGAGCCGUUCACCAAGGAGCGCAUCCACGAAUCGCAGGCAGGCUGGCUUGAACGCAAGUCGCAAAAUAUCAUCCUCACGCCCGUCCUCCCUAACACCACCUCAAAGCUCGCCCUCCUUCACGACAGGAAGCAGCGCAUCGCCGCAAUCAACAUGAGGCAUCUCUGGGAAAUGCUGAGAUUCUGGAAACCGUCCGUCUUUGCCAACUUCGAACCAGGUUUCUGGCGACGGGAUUUUUCCCACCUCUUGACUCCGAGUGACAGAGCUUGCCUCGAGCCGCAGGUCUGGACUUACCAAUAUGUGCAACGAUUGGCUAGCUAUAUCGCUGGCGCUGCCCCCACGGAUGCCAAGAUUGCAGCAGACGCUGCCCCAGUACCUAUUAUCAGCGCGGCCACUUCGCACCUCAACCACAGCGAUAACACCAAGAUACGCUGGGCAGAGAAGCAGUCAAAAGAAUCAAGGAAGGAAGUCCCAGAAAGGCAUAUGACCCGAGACAACCGACUCGCCAGAAUACGUGCUUCGGCAUCGAAAUACGAGAAGCGUUUGCUGAGCGGCAUCAUCGAGGCCAAGAACAUCACCACGACCUUCAACGACGUCCACAUGCCAGUAGAGACGAUUGACGCCCUCCAGACCUUGACCACGCUUUCCUUGACCAGACCGGAUGCUUUCAAGUACGGCGUUUUGGCGUCCAAUAAAAUCCCGGGCCUCCUGCUCUACGGACCACCGGGCACGGGCAAGACGCUCGCCGCCAAGGCCGUUGCAAAAGAGUCUGGUGCCACCAUGCUCGAAGUCAGCGCGGCAGACCUGAAUGACAUGUACGUUGGUGAGAGCGAGAAGAACGUCAGAGCGCUGUUCAGCCUUGCCAGGAAGUUGUCCCCGUGCGUGGUAUUCCUGGACGAGGCGGACGCCAUGUUUCGAGCUCGCAGCAAUCAAGGCCCACGAGUCAGCCAUCGCGAACAGCUGAACCAAUUCCUCAAGGAGUGGGACGGCAUGAGCAAUGACUCGGCAAGUGCCUUUAUCAUGGUCGCGACCAACCGGCCGCAUGAUCUCGACGACGCAGUGUUGCGCCGUCUGCCGCGACGACUGCUAGUGGACCUGCCGACAGAGGCUGACAGGUUGGAGAUCCUCAAGAUCCAUCUGCGCCAUGAGACUGUGGCUGAUGAUGUCGACCUCGAAGAGCUCGCGAAGAAAACUCCCUUCUACUCUGGUUCCGAUCUCAAGAACGUGGCCGUUGCGGCAGCGCUGAAUGCUGUGCGCGAGGAAAAUGAACUGGCCAGGAAGCAUCAAGGGAAGGAACCGUAUCAACACCCCGAACGACGGACCCUGACGGAAGCCCAUUUUGACAAAGCUCUGGAGGAUAUCUCGGCCAGCAUUUCGGAGGACAUGUCGAGCUUGCGGGACAUUAAGAAAUUCGACGAGCAGUACGGCGACAAGCGAGGAAAGAAGAAGAAGGUGCCCAGGCUGGGAUUUCCGGUGGACAAGGAGGAUAAAAAGAAGGAUACAAUCAAGGUGAGGGAUUGA